UCAAGAACCAAACAAGAUGACGCGGAUGCGAAUAUAAGGAGUUACUGAUACUCUAAUUUAUUCGUAACAAUGUUUUUAUCUAAUGACUGAGUUUUUGUAUGCUAUCGUUGUUUCAGUUAUUUGACCCUGACAAUUACUUACUUUUGAAUAUGCAACAGCCCGGCGUAAGUAGUGUGGCUGCGAACGUAUUCAACCAAAUUGACAGAAACAGAAAGGGAGCCAUAACUGCGAAUGAAUUGCAGCAGGCAUUAUCCAACGGAUUGGGGACAUCAUUCAAUAUCAAAACGAUUGAACUGAUGAUAUGUAUGUUUGAUAAAGAUAUGAAUGGCACUAUAAAUGUCUAUGAAUUCUCUCAAUUAUUUGAGUACGUACAACAGUGGCAACAAUGUUUUCGAUCAUAUGACAGAGAUGGAUCCGGUACAAUCGACUGUCGAGAGUUUCAUACUGCUUUAACAAGCUUUGGUUAUCGAUUGUCUCCAGAAUUCUCACAAUUCUUAAUUAGAAAAUUCGAUAAAAAUCGCCGCGGAUCAGUAGGAUUUGAUAAUUUUAUCUUGGCAUGUGUUUGUUUAAAGGUAAGUUUCAAAAUUUUAUCUUCCAUAUUGUUUCCUAUUUUUGUGCGUCAAACCGUUUUAAUGAUAGAUAUACGAAAAUAAAUAAAGAUAAAAGGCCUAAAAAUACCUGUGUAACUUAUUUAUCGUGUUAGAAAUGUGAGUUGUUCUGACAUUCUGGAAUAUCGUAAUCACUUCGGCUAUCGGUAAUGUUUUCAUUACUUUGCUUUUCAUCUCGUCCAACUUACCCUGAUGAUGUAUAGUGUGGCAACUUGACUUGGCCCACGUCCUUAUUUUCUUUAUGAUUAACCAAAUUUGAAAGCUAGAUAUGUAUUUGUUCUGAAAUGCGACAUAACUUCUGCUUUCAGUUUUUACUUUAUGUUUGCUUGUCAUGAUGACUGAGACUAUAUAUAACCCGAGGAAUUUGUUGCUCGAGAUCUUAUCAUGCCAAAAAUUCCGUGGGGUAGCAGAAAAUCUAAAGUCAGAUAUCAAAGUUAUGCUCUUGAUUGUCUUGUAGUGUAAUAGGUUUCACAUGUUUCGGAUGGAUUAUUAACACCCCCAGUAAUGGUGUACAGCUAGAAAAAGAAAUUACAAACAUUCAACCAUAAACAGAGCAUACACUCCCUUGAUUAAUGAUUUCUGAUCCCUCCUGAAAGUUAUGGAAAGUAUAAAGCGUAUGUAGCGAAAAAUACUAUUAGCAAGACGAUCAACUCGUUAUCUAUUGAGCUUCUCGGUCAAGCUCCGUGACCUAAAAGGUCAUUGAUACUCAAAUAGGUUUUUCUUCUCUUUCAUCGAGUAGUCCUCUUUCAUGAUUAAAGCAUUUGAGAACUAUUGAUUGUCAGUACUUUAACAUCACUCGGGAUAAUCAAUAACUGUCUCCAAUGUUUUCUAAAUUUCCUUCCAUUCCCUUUGUUAAUCUUUCACUUUGACUUUAUUUUCCUUCUAAUGCGCAACCGAUUCUAAAGAUUUAAUUUUACGAUGUGUUACUGCCGCUCUGCUAAAAUUGUGCUACAUACUGCAAGCCACUCUGUAACAAUUCAUAUUAUUACACGCCUAUGUGAUUUGUGCUGACUUUCUGGUAGACAAAUUAAUCCGUUUUUCGGACAGACAAUAAGAAUAUGCAGGUAAGAGCAAGCAAAACGAGCCUACUCAAUUUCCAUGAGUGUGAUUCUGCAUUGCUUCGUAUAGAUAAAAGCAAGCUAAAGAUAGUUAAUGAAUAGAAUAUGUGAUAGACAAAUAUAUGUACAUACAAGUUCUCUGAAGGUAAUAAGUGAACAGCUGACAAGGUCAAACAUAUGUGUACCUAGUAACUCAAAAAGGUUAGAUUAAUAUAUUUGUCCAUAAGUAGGAAUUGCUACAAAUGCUUUCAGUGUUUUAACCUUAUUUCUAAUCGAAAAAAUAGUUCCACCAGCCCAAGAUCCUAGAAUAUCUUCCGUUUGUUGGAUACUGUGUUACAGAAACCCAUGUGUACUUGUUGACCUAGCCAAUAUGAGGGACUUGUUUACCUUAUCCUUUGUAACCGGAGGCUCAACCUCAACACCUCAUCGUGCUGCAUGUGUAAAUUUACCAUUACGUUUCGCAGAAUGGACUAUAAAUUUUCAACCUAGAGUAGUUUAUUCUGUUUUCAAUUAAGUCGAACAUGCUUCAAGUACUUUUCACUAACCCACUAUUCGCCAACAUCUUAUAUACUAUAUCGUUAUUAGGUUUGCAAAUGUUACUGAAGUUGAGAAGCUUGUAGUUAACUCUAGACGAUGCAUAGAAGCAAGUUAUAAGUCGUUAAUUUCACAAAUUUUAUGGAUUAUAACCCAAUAUCAUUCGUCAAAUUAGCAGAUAUAUUAAUUAAGGUUUUGAAGAUGAGAAUGAAUAAGAACGCUCAAAUGUUGAUGUAUUUCUUGUAGUAUUUACCGUUUCUUCCUUCUCACCGUUUGAGAGAUUUUUCAGUUGCAUCUCCCACUGAAAGAUAUAUCAAAGACUAUCAGUUCUGUUUCUUAUUAUUUCUCCUUCCUGGAUUAGUGACUUUAAGAGAAAUAUACUGUAGUCCACUUUGUCUUAAGUCAUAUCUGUUCUUGGAGUAAGGCCGGUUGUUGUUUCAUCGAUGGAGAUUUCAACGUGCCGUAUACCAAAUAAAUAGAGCUUGCAACGUCAGAUAGAUGUUUUGACAGCAGCCUGCUGUCAACACAUUCGAGUAUGUCUAACGUGUAGGAACAAAGUUAUUGAAGGUUAUUUCCAAUCUCCCUUACAAUGGGUGCUUAAAACUCCUGAACCUUUUCCCCUAUCGUAUCGUAGAACGUGAAGUGACCUGAUGUUGACAUUCCGUAUGUUUAAUAACAAUUUGAGGGUCAAUACGUCUCAUCUUUUCGCUCCCUCCAGAACUAAUCCUAUCCGAGGCCAUAGCAAGAAGGUUCAAAACCCGCGAUCUCGUAAACUCAGAGUGGGGUUUCGUUUUUCUCAUCGAGUAGCCAAUGAUUGGAACACCCUCUCCGAACAAAUGGUAUCAGUCCCAUCAGUGAAUAUUUCAGAGAAGCUGUGUUUCAACUGGAAAACGAGCUGCAAGGAUUAACACAGGUCCGCCGACCCACUAUCCUUAUUACUGAAUACUGAAGGCUAUAUAAUCACUUAUUGAUUUCCUAGUUUGAGGCUUAUUAGGAGAUUAAAACAAAUGUUUAUUAUUCUCUGGUUUUCAGUCUUAUUCUAAGUGUUCAUUAUUUGAUAAAAAAUGUCUACAAGUUGUAUAUGAGCUGAUCAUCGUACGCAGUAACGAUUUAUACCUGUAUAUGCUUGCUACAUUAUUAAAAACUAUUCAUUCUCUAGUUAGCAUUGGUGGUCACUAUUUUAUUUAAUUCAUAAAGAGACGUCCGUACAUUCUUGUCCCCACAUAGUGAUUUUUCAUUUAUAUUUAAUGGUUUAAUAUAAUGGUCAGCUUUUGAAUUAUUAUGCGUGUGUCUGCAUGUAAUAAUGUAAAUUCUUAAACAGGCUAGCAGUCUAAGGAAAAUAAGCUUUUUGUAUAAUCAUACUACGAUUUUAUAUGGAACUAAAACAGUCAUUAUUGUGUUUUAUUCUCUGUUUAAAUAUAUUUCUAACCCACUGUUACAUGGUCAGACUUAUUGAAUUGUUAUAACCUAAGUCUUAUUAAUAUAUAACGUAAUGAUACCGCCAAUUAGAGAACAGUGAUUUAUCGACCGGACCGAUGACGCAUAAACCCGUACGAGCAGUCUACAGUCCUUAUUAGUCCUUCUCCCUGUCUGUUGAGUUCAGAACACUAAUCUCAGCCUCUGUGAUAUGACCAUGUAUUUCAAACAGACCACAUCGUACCAUAAAAUAGAAAAUAACAUUUAUGUAUGACCUAGCCAAAAAUGGCUGUGAAUGUGGGAGCUCGUAAUUAAUAGACUGGGCACAACUCAAGAACGGUAAAUCGUAUAAUAAUAGUCUAUGGGUCAAAACAAAGCUUUUAAUAAGAGGAACACGAAUAUGCAUCGUUUAGCUACUUACCAAUCGUACAAUAAAAAUAUAUGUAACGUAUUGGUCCAUAAACAGUUCUAAAAGGUUACCAUUCAUAAUUCUCGUUGGAAUGAGUUGAAUUCCUUGGGUCAAGCUGCUUACUUACUGUGUAAUCAAUUUCACUUUCUUUGUGACUCAUUUACUAGAUAUUAGCCUUGUAGGUUACUCGAUCUUUAAUAAAUUAGGAUCUAAUUAUUAGGCUUAAUUCUUCUCCAUCACAUCGGUGCUAGAAAUUCAAAUCUGUUAGUUGAAAACUGUUUCAGUCAUCUCUAAACCUCCGUUUUACUAAAGAACCUAACCUGUGAAAUUUUACAUUCUAUGAUAUUUAAUCAUAAUAUUAUUCAUUUAUCAUUGUUAACUCAUUUCUACUAUUGUCAUUAAUUCAGUAUAAUAAUAGCUAAGGAUAUUAAUUACACAACUAUGGAGCAGUGGCUUGGUGGGUAAAACGUUCGACUUCUAAUUCAUGUUCUAAUCUAGCUCUAAUUGUUUCGAUUUAAGUAAUCGGGUGUUAUAACUGUGACGGCAGCAGAUUAAAGGGUAGCGAAUUAUUGAUCGGACCAAAGACGCGCAAACACGUAGAACGACCUAGGGUUCUGAUUGGCCUCGCUUCCCUGUCUAGCCCAGCCAGUUAAGUCCAUAACACAAGUCUCAGCCUCGGAUAUAUGAAUCCUUAUAUUUCAAACACACUCUGUUUAUAUACUAAUCAAGCAGACCACAUCGUACCAUAAAAUAGAAAAUAACAUUGUACAAUAUUGACCAGUAGGAAAAUGACACGUAAAAUAAGCACUGACCAAUAAGAGAAUAAUACCAUCUCCAAGUCCAAGAAUAGCAUUAGACUUAAUAGAAUAAUUUUUGGGGUAGUUUCCUGAAUAUCCCAACACCGGGUAAUGUCAUUGAACCUUACACUUUGAUUGUUGCUUAUAUCUAAGUACCUAGAGAAUUACUUAAUUUAAAUUAAAAAGUUCAUUGUAUUAAUGAUAUUGUUUGUUUUUUUAAGCCAGUAUACCAUUUACCUUCUAUUAAACUAUUCAUUUUAUCAUUAUUAUUAUUAUUAUUAUUAUUAUUAUUAUUGUUACAGAAUUUAACUGAUGUAUUCAGACCUUAUGAUUAUCAACGAAAUGGAAUGGCACAACUUAGUUAUGAACAAUUUUUAACUGCUGCAUUCAGUGUAGUUAGUUAGUUAAUUCAACAUUAUUAUUAAUGGUCAAAUAUUAUCAAUAUCCUUUUCUUAAAGAUUGUAAAGAUAAUAAUGCUUACUUAUUUAUAUCGAUCAAGUUAUUAUACUUGACCCAUAUUCUUGUCUAGAAACAAACAAACAUAAGUAUGGAAUAUUAUGUAAUUAUCUAAAUCACUUAUUGUGAAUAUACAAUAUAAUUGGAGACCAUAUCUGUCUGUCUCAUGUAAUUGUCUACAGUGAGGUUACUACUAUAACCAAUAUACUCACUUUUUUUCAUAAAAAAACUAAAAUUGC